AUAGCUUUCGUUUGUGAGUGCAAGUUAACCUUUACUGCUCCGUUAUCAUACUUGUUAACUGGAAAUGUAAAGUGUGUGGCUUCGAGACACUCUCUCACAACACUAUAUUUCAUUUCUGUUUCAGAGGAAGGCUUACAAGGAAUCGAGCAAGUUUCUUUUUAACUUACUGCUGACAUAAUGCAAAACUACAUGGAGGAGAUCAGACAGUUUACCGAGGGGCAUGCCACAGGGCUGACGUUUGCUCUCGUUGCAGGAGUGAGUGUAUUGGCUCUACGCAGAUGGAUGGCGGGAGGAGUGUGUAAGAGCAAGGUUAGACUGGAUGGCAAAACAGUCCUGAUAACAGGAGCCAACACUGGCAUUGGGAAAGAGACGGCCAUGGACAUGGCUUCAAGAGGGGCCAGGGUGAUCCUAGCCUGCAGAGAUAUGACCAGAGCGCACAUAGCAGCAGACGAGAUCCGACAGAAGAGUGGGAACGGCAAUGUGGUGGUGAAAAAACUGGAUCUUGCCUCACUGCAGUCUGUGAGAAACCUAGCCAAAGAAGUCCAAAAGAGCGAGCAACACUUGGACAUUCUCAUCAACAACGCAGGUAUUAUGAUGUGUCCAAAGUGGAAGACAGAAGAUGGUUUUGAAACGCAGUUUGGUGUCAACCACCUGGGACAUUUUCUUCUGACCAACCUCCUUCUUGACCUGCUAAAAAAAUCAGCUCCUAGUCGCAUUGUUAAUGUCUCCAGCCUUGCCCAUGAGAAAGGUCGUAUACAUUUUGAAGACAUUAACUUAGACAAAGACUACGAACGAGCAAAGAGCUACCGCCAAAGCAAGCUGGCCAAUGUUCUCUUCACUAGAGAACUGGCUGCCCAACUGCAAGGCACUGGUGUGACAGCCUACAGUCUUCACCCUGGCAUCAUCCGCACUGAACUAGGUCGCCACUUGUUCCCUACCCUCGCCAUAUGGAAGAGAAUCUUCUUCAUGCCCUUCUUAAUGCUGAUAAAGAGUCCUUGGGAGGGAGCACAGACCACCAUCUAUUGUGCCGUGGAUGAAAGUUUGGCAAGUUCUAGUGGUCUCUACUAUAGCGAUUGUUGCCCCAAAGAGCCGGCCCCUCAAGCACGCGAUGAUGCAGUAGCCAAAAAGCUAUGGGACCUAAGUGUCUCAAUGGUGGGUCUGGCCUGA